CAAUUUUGACAGGAGUUUUAUUAACCCGGAAAUACAGCAGAACAGUUGCUCUCCUAACCCAGCUUUAAGAUGGCUUUCGGAACUGGACGUGCUAUCAACUACCUUCAGAGCAUAUUGUUUGAACAAUGGUCCUAAUCGGAUGGUGUGCGGAAAUUAGACCGGACUUGAAGGGCUUUUGUCCUCCGUGAGGGGGUGUCCGUCUCGACGACACCGUCAGUUUCCCUUCGGCAUUCUGCACAGCGCUCGUUACCAGUCUGUGACACUGGCUGUCGUUUUCAGUUUGUAAAUAUUACCCUAUCUCCGAUCAGAUUAUAUCUUCAUCACAGCUUCUGUUAAAAUGGCCACCAUGGAGAAGCUAAUGAAAGCGUUUGAGUCGCUAAAAUCAUUCCAGCAGCAGCAAGGCCCGCUGUCGGCCGAGGAGCUCGUCCAGAAACAGAAAAAAGACCUUGCUACAACCAAAAAGGACAGAGUGACUCAUUGCCUGACGAUAUGUGAAAACAUUGUGGCACAGUCGCUGAGGACGUCUCCAGAGUUCCAGAAACUUCUUGGAAUUGCCAUGGAAAUGUUCUUGCUGUGCAGCGAUGACAAAGAGUCUGACGUCAGGAUGGUGGCCGAUGAGUGCCUCAACAAAAUCAUCAAAGCAUUGAUGGAUUCCAACUUGCCUAGACUACAACUUGAACUGUAUAAAGAGAUUAAAAAGAACGCUGCCUCUCGGAGUCUGCGGGCAGCCCUGUGGAGGUUUGCAGAGCUUGCUCACCUGGUGCGUCCACAGAAAUGCAGGCCGUACCUUGUGAACCUGCUACCAUGUUUGACACGAAUCACAAAACGUCAAGAAGAGACUGUGCAGGAAACUCUCUCUUCUUCAAUUCCUAAAAUCAUGGCUGCCCUCGGACACUUUGCCAAUGAUGGAGAGAUUAAGAUGCUGCUAAAGGCCUUUGUCGCCAAUCUGAAGUCCAGUUCUCCCACUAUUCGACGAACAGCGGCCAGCUCGGCUGUCAGUGUGUGUCAACACUCACGCAGAACACACUACUUCUACACCUGGCUCCUCAACGUGCUCCUCGGUUUGGUAGUACCGGUGGAUGAGGAGCAUUCCAGUCACCUGAUUCUGGGUGUAUUACUGACACUGCGCUACUUGAUGCCUCUUAUCCAGCAGCAGACUCCUAGCACCAGUCUGAAGGGCAGCUUUGGGCUUGUCCGGAAAGAGGCCGACGUCACGCCUGCACCUGAACAGCUCAUUCAGGUUUAUGAACUGACCCUGCACUACACACAGCACUGGGAUCACAAUGUGGUGACUGCAUCUCUGGAGCUUCUGCAGCAGAUGUUUCGCACCCCUCCACCCGAGCUCCUGAACGUACUGAUCACGCGAGGCAAAAUAACACACACCAGUGUCUUCAGAGAAGAGGUGGAGAGCCGUGCACGCAGUGGCAGCAUCCUCGAGCUUAUUGCCGGCGGGUCAACAUGCAGUCCUCUCCUUCUCAGGAAGCAGAAAGGCAAACUGUUGUCAGGUGAAGAAGAGGGUUUGGAGGAUGAUCCUGAGAGGGCAGAGGUUACCACAGGAUCCUUCACUGCCUCUGUCGGUGGUGACAGCUCCAGUGAAGCUCCCUCCUCAUCAGGUGUUUCGUCUCUCGGCACGUCUGACAUCAUCACUGAGCAGCCACGCUCCUCCCAGCAUGCCUUGCAGCCUGGUGACUCGGUGGACCUGAGUGCAUCAGAGCAGGGAGUCGGGCCUGAUACUCCAGAUGAGGAAGACGAGGAAGACAUGCUAAGCCGUAGCUCAAGCGGAGGCGCCGGGCUUGUCAGCACAUCCGGCGACCUGGUAACCGAUGCCAACCAGAUGUCAGCCGGAGCCGUGUCUUCAUCUCCCCCUAGCGAGAGUUCUCAGACGACUACGGAGGGGCCGGACUCCGCCGUGACGCCUUCUGACUGCGCAGAGCUCGUAAGUGUCACCAGCACCAGCAGACGCUAUCGGAAAUAUUCACCACCUUCCCCAACUCUAACAGAAGGGCCGGACACGCAAUCGGAAAGCGGCUCAUCCGUCUACAGGCCGUCCUCUUCUUCCACCUCCUCUACCUCGUCUUCUUCCUCCACCUUUUCUGCCAUCUCUUCCUCUAGCAGUAGUGACCAGGUGCUGGAUGGCAGUGAGAGUCAGUACUCAGGGAUGCAGAUCGGCACACUGCAGGAUGAGGAGGAGGAGGGCUCGGCUCCACCACCUGACAAGCCUCCAGAACCUUUCUCUCAGUCAGCACUGGCUUUAAGUAAGCCCCAUCUGCUGGAGGGAAAAGGUCACAACAGGCAGUCAUCUGACAGCAGUGUGGAUCGAUUCAUACCAAAGGAAGAGGUUCUGGAGCCUGCAGAACUCGACAACAAGCCAUCGAGGAUUAAAGGAGAUAUUGGUCACUAUACUGACCCAAAGGAAGAGCCUCUGAUGCACUGUGUCCGGCUGUUGGCUGCGUCAUUCCUGCUCACUGGCCAAAGAAACGGGCUGGUUCCCGAUAAUGAGGUGCGUGUGAGCGUGAAGGCGUUAGCUGUUAGCUGUGUUGGGGCAGCAGCAGCUCUUCUACCUGAAGCCUUCUUCAACCUGCUCUAUCUGCAGCCACUGGAUGGACAACAAACAGAAGAGCAACAGUACAUUAGCGAUAUACUGCAGUACAUUGAACAUGGAGACCAUCAGAUCAGAGGAGCCACAGCCAUCCUGUGUGGAGCUUUAAUUCAAGCCAUUCAGCUCAAAACGCGCUACAACACGGAGACAUGGCUGUCCCAGAUCCAAAGCGUCACAGGAAGCUCUGUGACGCUGGAAAACUUUGUGCCUCUGCUGCAGAGGAGUCUAAAAGACGAAUCUUCAGUCACCUGUAAAAUGGCCUGUGCUGCUGUCAGGCACUGUAUCAUGGCGUUGUGCAAUGGAAGUCUUAGUGAACUUGGCCUUCAGCUGCUCAUUGAUCUGCUGACCCUGAAGAACUGCUCCUAUUGGCUGGUUCGCACUGAGCUCUUAGAGACGCUUGCGGAAAUCGAUUUUCGGUUAAUAAGUUUUCUGGAGAGGAAAACUGAGAAGUUGCACAAAGGAGAGCAUCACUAUACUGGGCUGUUGAGGCUGCAGGACAGAGUUCUGAAUGACGUUGUGCUUUAUCUACUGGGCGAUGAGGACCCGCGUGUGAGACAUGUGGCAGCAAACACCAUUGGCAGGCUGGUGCCAAGGCUGUUCUUCGACUGCGACCAGGGCCAGACAGACCCGGUUGUGGCCAUCGCUCGAGAUCAGAGUAGCGUUCACCUGCAACUGCUAAUGCAUGAGACCCAGCCUCCGUCACAGUUUACUGUCAGCACUAUCACACGAACAUACCGUGGCUUCAAUCUGUGUCAGAGCGCGCCGGAUGUUACUGUGGAGAACAACCUGUCGCGGGUCAUCACUGCCAUCUCUCAUGCCCUCACCUCCUCCACUUCCAGAGCCAUGACAUUUGGCUGUUGUGAGGCUCUGUGCCUUUUGUCCAGCACCUUCCCAGUCUGCAACUGGAGCACAGGCUGGCACUGUGGCUUUGUGAGCUCUUCCGUCUUUCAUCUGAACCGCUCCAGCCAGUACCGCAGCCGAGGACGCUCCUUUAGUCUGUCUCAGUCUGGCAGUAAUGAGGAGGUGCGCAGGUCUCUGACAGUCGGUGUGGCCAGUAUGGUUUUGUCUCUCAUCUCCUCUGCUUGGUUCCCUCUUGAUCUCUCUGCCCAUCAGGCUGCUCUGCUACUGGCCGGAAACCUGCUCGCUGCUGUUGCACCCAAGUGCAUGAAGAGUCCAUGGGCAGGUGAGGAGGAGUCUAGCCCCGCCUCCUCAAAGGUGGAGGAGCCGUGGCCUGCUCUCAACGACCGCUCUCUGGUUGUUAUGGUGGAGCAGCUGUUCUCACAUCUGCUGAAGAUCCUCAACAUCUGCGCUCAUGUGCUUGACGACACUCCACCCGGUCCUGCGGUCAAGGCUUCUUUACCUUCAUUGGCCAACACUCCAUCUCUCAGUCCAAUCAGACGGAAGGGUAAGGAGAAGGACAUGAUGGAGGCAGGCACCACCCCUAUGAGCCCAAAGAAAGGCGGAGAGAGCAACACAGGCAGAGCAGCGGACAGCACGGCAACAGCAGCAGUUAACAAAUCCACCACUCUGGGCAGCUUUUACCACCUCCCUCCUUACCUGAAGCUUUAUGAUGCACUGAGAGCCACACAUGCAAACUAUAAAGUCACUUUAGACCUUCACAACCCCAAUGAGAAGUUUGGGGGUUUCUUGAGGUCGGCUCUUGAUGUGCUCUCUCAGCUGCUUGAGUUGGCCACCCUUCACGAUAUUGGCAAAUGUGUUGAAGAGAUCCUGGGUUAUCUAAAGUCCUGUUUCUCAAGGGAACCCACUAUGGCCACUGUGUGUGUUCAGCAGCUUUUGAAAGCGUUGUUUGGGACAAAUCUUGCGUCUCAGUAUGAGGGGGCUUCAUCAAACCCAUGUCGGUCCCAAGGUAAAGCCCUGCGGCUGGGCUCAAGCAGCGUUAGACCCGGACUCUACCAUUACUGCUUCAUGGCUCCAUACACUCACUUCACCCAGGCCCUUGCUGAUGCCAGUCUCAGAAACAUGGUGCAAGCUGAACAAGAACAGGACGCCUCUGGGUGGUUUGACGUCAUGCAAAAAGUCUCUAACCAGCUGAGGUCAAGUAUCACCAAUGUCACUCGCCAUCGAGGAGAUAAGAAUGCCAUUCAUAAUCACAUCCGUUUGUUUGAGCCACUGGUGAUAAAAGCUCUGAAACAAUACACCACCAGCACCUCAGUGGCCCUGCAGAGACAAGUGCUGGAUCUACUCGCACAACUCGUUCAGCUGCGGGUCAACUACUGUUUACUCGACUCAGACCAGGUAUUCAUUGGUUUCGUGCUGAAGCAGUUUGAGUAUAUUGAAGUGGGCCAGUUCAGGGACUCUGAAGAGAUUGUGCCCAACAUUUUCUUCUUCCUGGUUCUGCUGUCCUAUGAGCGCUACCACUCAAAACAGAUCAUCAGCAUCCCAAAGAUCAUUCAACUGUGUGACGGCAUCAUGGCCAGUGGCAGAAAGGCAGUAACACACGCAAUCCCUGCUCUCCAGCCUAUAGUGCAUGACCUGUUUGUGCUGAGAGGCUCCAAUAAAGCAGAUGCAGGGAAAGAGCUAGAAACUCAGAAGGAAGUGGUGGUGUCGAUGCUGCUGCGCCUCAUACAGCACCAUCAGGUGCUGGAGAUGUUUAUUCUGGUCCUCCAGCAGUGCCAUAAAGAGAAUGAGGAUAAGUGGAAGAGACUUUCGCGACAGGUCGCUGACAUCAUCCUGCCAAUGAUCGCAAAACAACAAAUGCAUCUGGAUUCCCAUGAGGCACUGGGUGUGUUAAACACACUGUUUGAGUCUGUAGCUCCAUCCUCUCUGCGGCCUGUGGAUAUGCUGCUGAAGAGCAUGUUCAUCACACCAUCUACUCUAGCAUCAGUUGGUACAGUGCAAUUGUGGGUGUCUGGGAUUCUGGCCAUCCUGCGUGUGCUCAUCUCCCAGUCCACCGAGGACAUCAUUCUGUCCCGAAUUCAGGAGCUUUCACUGUCUCCGUACCUGCUCUCCUGUCCAACCAUCCGUCGACUGUGUGACGAUGAUGUGCCCGCUCCUCCUGAAACUCUGCCUGUUGCCAUGGAGGAUGCCAACGGAGAGACACCGCGCUUCCCUCCUGAGGAAACCUUCGCUAGGUUCUUACUGCAGUUAGUGGGGGUGUUGCUGGAUGAUAUCGCCAAUAAGCAGGUGAAAGUGGACAUGAGUGAGCAGCAGCACACUUUCUACUGUCAGCAGCUCGGCACGCUGCUCAUGUGUCUGAUACACAUCUUCAAAUCAGGAAUGUUUCGGCGUAUCACAGCAGCGGGCAGCAAAUUGCUGAAGGCAGAGGGAGGAGAGGGGGGAGAUUUUUACACCCUGGAGGGUCUGAACAGCCUGGUUCUCCAGCUCAUCACCACACACCCGUCUCUGGUGCUGCUGUGGUGUCAGGUCCUGCUCAUCAUCAACUACACCAACUACACCUGGUGGUCAGAGGUGCACCAGACGCCCAGGAGACACAGUCUGUCCAGCACUAAGCUGUUGAGUCCACACUCGUCUGGAGAGGAGGAGAGGCCCGAGGGAAAGCUGACCAUGUGCAAUAGAGAGAUCGUCCGCCGAGGAGCUCUUAUCCUCUUUUGUGAUUACGUGUGUCAAAACCUGCAUGACUCUGAGCACCUGACGUGGCUGACGGUGAAUCAUGUGAGCGAUCUGAUCAGUCUUUCCCAUGAGCCUCCUGUUCAGGAUCUCAUCAGUGCCGUGCACCGAAAUUCAGCAGCCAGCGGGCUCUUCAUACAGGCCAUACAAUCGCGCUGCGACAACCUUUGCACUCCGGUGAUGCUGAAGAAGACCCUGCAGUGUCUGGAGGGCAUUCAUCUCAGUCAGUCCGGGGCUCUGCUAAUGCUGUACGUGGACAAACUCCUGAACACGCCGUUCCGUGUGCUUGCCCGCAUGGUGGACACUCUGGCCUGCAGACGUGUGGAGAUGCUGCUCGCUGAGACCCUGCAGAAUAGUAUCGCUCAGCUUCCUCUGGAGGAGCUGGACAGGAUUCAGCAGUACCUGCAGACCAGUGGUCUCGCACAAAGGCAUCAGCGGUUCUUCUCCCUGCUGGACAGGUUCAGAGCCACUGUUGCUGAAGACACCACAAGCCCUGUCGCCCCCAUCACUACACACCCACUGGAUGGAGAUCCUCCCCCUCCACCUGAAAAUGUGGAACCCAAUAAGGAGUGGUAUGUUACUCUGGUGAAAUCCCAGUGUUGUUUGAGAGGCGAAGGAGCUCUAUAUGAAACUACAGAGCUGCUGACCAAACUUCCCCAAUCUGACCUAAACGCCAUCAUGACCUGCAAGGACUUCAACCUGUGUCUGCUGGCAUCAUGUCUUAGUGUUGGGGUGCAGAGGGUGUGUAAGGAUCAUGGGGCGGUAUUAUUUGACACCGCUCAACAGGUGACCUUCGAGCGAUUGGCUGGUGUCAUAGAGCUCCUCCCCUCACCUCAUCAGCCCCUCCUCCCUUCAUCUAAAGUAUGUCCGGACUACUGGCAGAAGCUGAAUCAAGUAUAUGGUGAGCCUGGGUUUUAUCAGACUGUGUUGAGUCUGUGUGGCGUGUUGAGUCAGUACCUGCUGUCUCUGUCCAAACUGCCAUCCUCAAUGCACAUUCCCAAAGACAGAGAGACACUCAUUACCACCUUCAGCACCCUCGCUAUAGAGGUGGUGGUUUGGCGUUUGCUGCAGGAUCAGCUGCCUCAGAGUGUUGACAUGCAGAUGAGUCUGUCGUGUCUGUGUUUGGCUCUCCAGCAGCCGGCGGUGUGGACACACUUCACCUCUCACUCCUACCUCACACACACCUGCUCCAUCAUCCAUUGCAUACAGCUCCUCAUCCAUGCAGUCGCUGUUGGUCCUGGUGACCAGUUUCUAAGACCAGAGCGGAAAAUAUCAGAACAGUCAGAAGACCAGGUGGACUCUUCGGAUAACCAGCGUGAAUGGCAUUGUUGUGAGAUCAUGGCUGAGCUGGUUGAAGGUCUGCAGACUGUCCUGACUCUAGGUCACCACAAAAACAAGAACAUCCCAGCGUUUCUUACACCCACCCUACGAAACGUCAUCAUUAGUCUGGCCAGGCUGCCCCUUGUGAACAGCUACACCCGAAUCCCACCACUGGUCUGGAAGCUGGGCUGGUCCCCCAAGCUGAGUGGAGAAUUUGGCACAGCUUUGCCAGAGAUCCCGGUAGAGUUCCUGCAGGAGAAGGAUGUGUUCAGAGAGUUCCUCUACCGCAUUAACACUCUGGGUUGGAGCAGUCGAACCCAGUUUGAGGAGACGUGGGCCACGCUGUUGGGAGUGCUGGUCACUCAGCCAAUCACGAUGGACCAAGAGGAGGAAACCCAGCAGGAGGAGGAUCUGGAGAGGACUCAGAUAAAUGUACUGGCAGUUCAGGCCAUCACCUCUCUGGUACUAAGUGCCAUGACUCUACCGACAGCUGGAAAUCCAGCCGUCAGCUGUCCUGAACAGCAACCCCGCAACAAAAUCCUUAAAGCUCUGGACACCAGGUUUGGCCGGAAGUUGAGUGUGAUUAGAGGUAUGGUUGAGCGUGAGAUUCAGGCCAUGGUGUCAAAGAGAGACAACAUUGCCACACAUUUUCCUUAUCAAGCCUGGGACCCUGUGCCAUCACUAUCAUCCUCAACAGCAGGCACACUCAUCAGCCAUGAGAAACUCCUCCUGCAGAUUAACACAGAGAGGGAGAUGGGCAACAUGGACUACAAACUGGGUCAAGUGUCGAUUCAUUCAGUGUGGUUAGGAAACAACAUCACACCUCUGAGGGAGGAGGAAUGGGGUGAGGAUGAGGAAGAUGAAGCAGAUGCUCCAGCUCCAGCCUCACCACAAUUAUCACCAAUCAACUCUAGGAAGCACCGUGCUGGGGUUGACAUCCACUCCUGCUCUCAGUUCCUCCUGGAGCUCUACAGUCAGUGGAUUCUCCCUGGCAGCCCCAGCAGCAGGAAGACUCCUGUCGUGCUCAUCAGUGAGGUGGUCAGAUCGCUGCUGGCAGUGUCUGAUCUCUUCACCGAGAGGAAUCAGUUUGAUAUGAUGUUCUCCACACUGACUGAACUGCAGAAGGUGCAUCCACCAGAAGAUGAGAUCCUCAACCAAUACCUUGUUCCAGCAAUCUGUAAAGCAGCAGCAGUGCUUGGCAUGGAUAAAGCCAUUGCAGAGCCUGUUUGCCGUCUGCUGGAGAGCACGUUACGCAGCACUCAUCUGCCCAGUCGAAUCGGGGCUCUUCAUGGAGUUCUGUAUGUGCUGGAGUGUGACCUACUGGACGAUACAGCGCGACAGCUUAUACCGACUGUCAGUGAAUACCUGCUGUCUAACCUUAAAGCUUUAGCACACUGUGUAAAUCUGCACAACCAGCAGCAUGUGUUGGUGAUGUGCGCCGUGGCUUUCUACAUGAUGGAGAACUACCCGCUGGAUGUUGGCUCUGAGUUCAACGCCGGCAUCAUUCAGCUGUGCUGCAUGAUUCUGUCCGCGAGCGAGGAGGCCACACCGUCCAUCAUCUACCACUGCGUCCUGCGAGGUCUGGAGCGGCUGCUUCUGUCUGAGCAGCUUUCACGCAUGGAUGCAGAGACACUGGUCAAGCUCAGCGUUGACCGCGUGAACAUGCCCAGUCCACACCGCGCCAUGGCUGCCCUGGGUCUCAUGCUCACCUGCAUGUACACAGGUGUGGCUGGAGAGGAAGGAAAGGAGAAGGGAAGUCCUGGACGUCCUGCUGAUGCAGACCCCACAGCUCCUGACAGCGAGUCAGUCAUCGUCGCAAUGGAGCGUGUAUCUGUUCUGUUUGACAGGAUUCGCAAAGGUUUUCCGAGUGAGGCACGUGUUGUGGCCAGGAUCCUUCCUCAGUUCCUGGAUGACUUUUUCCCACUGCAGGAUGUUAUGAACAAAGUCAUUGGGGAGUUCCUGUCCAAUCAGCAGCCUUACCCACAGUUCAUGGCUACAGUGGUCUACAAGGUGUUUCAGACGCUUCAUGCCACUGGUCAGUCCUCCAUGGUCCGGGAUUGGGUCCUGCUCUCACUGUCCAAUUUCACACAGAGAACGCCUGUCGCCAUGGCCAUGUGGAGCCUGUCCUGUUUCUUUGUCAGUGCCUCGACCAGCCAGUGGAUCUCUGCCCUCCUGCCUCAUGUCAUCAGCCGCAUGGGGAAAUCUGACACGGUGGACAUUAGCCUCUUUUGCUUGGUCGCUAUGGACUUCUACCGACAUCAGAUCGAUGAGGAGUUAGACCGCAGGGCCUUCCAGUCUGUCUUUGAGAUGGUGGCUUCCCCUGGUAGUCCGUAUUACCAACUACUGUGCUGUUUGCAGAGCAUUCACCAAGACACGUCUCUAUAGAACAGACCAAAAAAAAAAAAAAAGAUCAGUAGGAUCACCAUGGCAAAUUAAGCAUCAAAAUGAAGGUAAUAUAACACCCAAGCAGAAGACAUACACUCACCAGGAUGCAUGACAGACUUUGGAUUGGAUUUACAGAGUGGAAUCGGUUGCUAUGAUACUCUCCGAGAUUGCUCCAAAUAGUUCAUAGUUAUUAGAGACAGUGGGACCAAUCCAAGCAAAACUGCACUUUCACUAGUCUGUGGCCACAACGCACCAAUGAACAUCAUUUAUCUGUAAUUAAAAAUAUAAGAAAAGCAGCACUACAUUCAGAAUAUUCAACUGCUAUCACAGUAUGUGCACCUGGCCACUGAAGCGUUUUUCCUGAGCUGAGUUAAGUACAGGAUAGGCAUGCAAUGAGUGUAUGUUUUACGCUCAUUGUUUUUCAAAACUUUCAACAGUCAGAGAAGCGAUGGGCGUUUUUAGAACAUCGCUCGUGUUUCUGCAGCACAAAAACGCUUCUGUGGACAUGCGUCCCAAGUCAUUCACACAGUCUAUAUGGAUGUUUUAAGUGUAUAAAUUCUCUUCAUGUGGUAGCAGAGAAUGUUAAACUGUGGCUAAACUGCAGAGUCUCCAUCUUUAGAAAUGUAAUGCAGUGAAUUUUCAGCUGUAACCAAUCUGAUUAAAGAAGAUAUUGACAUUUCUUAAAAACAUCAUACAGACGCUAGUUAAAAGUGUCCUGCGCUUUUGGACUUCCGCAGAUACAGCAUUAGAUACUUUAGUCCUCAGAAAUAGAGUAACUCCAUGUUACUUGUCAUCCGAUUUCGCUAAGAUCAGUACAACAGCCAUUUCUGCCCUACUGUCUACACUUCCAGGACCCUCAGUUUGAAGUCAUUCCUUUUGCAUGGGCGACACAUUGCUUUGCUCUGCGUUUGCUGACACUUGAAGUGAAAAAGGAUUGUAAAUUGAAUUUGUAAAUCCCCUCUAAUGCAGAAAAGUAUUGGUAAGAUUAAAUUUUUGUGUAUUUAAAUGUAAAAUGCGUUUGACUUACUGUACUAAGCAGGGUGAAUUACCUGAAACAAAGUUUAUUUUUCCUCUUAAAAUUAAGUUGUCUAUAUUUGUUGUUUUAAUUUUUUUUUAAGAUGGAGAAUCAAAAACAGAAUCUCUAAAGUCCUUUUGUAUGGACUUUGAAAUAGCCAUAGCAGUUAGACGUUUUUAAUCGAUGGUUUCUCCAAUCUUCAUACUGUGCCCCUCGGAACACAUCUUCAGUUCUUUGUUCGGUUUCUUUUAAAAGCUCAGGACGUGAGAUAUGACUAUUGAUCUAGUGUAAUGACUGGAAUUAUGUAUUUUAAUCUAUAGAGUGUUUACAUCAAUGUACAAUUUGUGUAAAAGAAAUAAUAUUUGUGAUUAAACGAAUAAACUGUGGUGCAUGACAACAUC